AUGCUUGUUCGAAGCUGUAGUGGUCAUCUUUACGAUCUCCUCGAGGUUCCGCCGAAUAGCAGUACGGAGGAGAUCUCGCGGCGGUAUCGCCUUCUAGCGCUUCGUUACCAUCCCGACCGCACCGGCGGCGUAACGACUGAAGAAUUUAAGGAGAUCGAAGAAGCGCACCGCAUCCUCACGGAUCCCACACAGCGGCGGCUUUACGACACCCUUGGCCGAGAACGAAUGAAAUUCAUCGGCGAUAGUGGUCUUCUCACUUCAUUGUGCACGGCCUUCGCGAUUCGAACCGCACUCUCCUUUGUGGGUCUUGUAGCAUGCCUGUUGCUGUGCAGUACCCUGCUUCUAGGAAUUCAGCUGGAUUCCAAGAAGAACUGGUCCUGGGGCCUCAUUACACUGCCGCUGUGGUUCCUAUCCCCAUUCCUAAUGGGCGUGGGCCUCACCGCGCUCGUGGCCGCGGUGAAGUUUCGGACUUUCGUCGCGGCGAUUGUUGGAUUGGAGUUGAUAAUGAUUGUAGUGGGCGCGGUCAUCUCCACAUUGGUGCUUGCCGGAACCCUGUCGCCGCCCUCGUGUGCGUUCAUUCCGUGGACGCUUUGGUACGGCCUGAUGUCGUUACGAGGCUUCUAUGUCUUGCUACCAUCCGUGUACAUGGAGAAGAAGAAAGAAAUGGACGCCUCCAUGAGGGCCGCGGGCGUUUCCUCAACAGGGGCGGCUGAUGCCCCUCCGGAUGGUAACUCCAUGACGAGCUGCGCUUCCCCUUCGCGUGUCGAACCCUCCGUGGAGUGGUCGUGGUGUGAAUACGGCGUUGAUGUGGCGCGAGAGAUGUUGGAGCUGCUGUGUGUGGUGGCGUUUAUUUGUCUUGCGUACAUACGUGCCGCACAGGGCCCAGUCGGCGCCGAUUCCAACGAUCCGAAUCGUGCUGAAGGAGAGGACUUUCUCUCCUUUUGGGUUGUCUUCGCACCACUGAUCACGUAUUUCGGCGCCAUGGUGAUCCUGCAAGCAUUUUACGCAUACCUAUACCCCCUGCCUUCUACGAGCGGAGGCAGUCAAGAUUACUACGGCGAAACCCCUUCGUCAUACACCACGUUCCGGGAUUACAACAGUGGAAAUGCCACAGGUGCUGCCAUGCCCUCGAGGGGGGGCGCGAAGUCGCCUUUCGCGCGUAGUAUGGCAUCGGCUAAUGUAAAACGACAACCCUCGUGCUGGAUGCGUCUCUUACGCGCCGUUGUCGCAACAAUUUGGCCAGCUUCCUGGCUCUACAUGGUGUGCAUGUGGGCCGCAAAGAUGGAGUGGGAAUACAACCACAGAGACACGGGAAAUUCAAUACACCCUUCCUUUUUCGUCGCAUGCAUACCGCUCCUCGCGGGGAUGUCAGUUGUAAUGCUAAGCUCAUGCUGCAUGUGCUGCGGCUUGGGGAUCAUUCUGGACGAGCUCAAAGAUGUGGAAUUGAAUACUCCUGAACCGACUCCAGCUUCGCCCACAAGGGCAAAUAUGAAACCACAUGCUCAAGCUUGGGAUGCUAAACCAUCCAAUCAGGCUUAUAGCUAUCAGAGCGUAGAUCGCCGCGAUAUUGCGGAUCACGUGGCUUUAGGGAUUCCUUCCUCCAAAUCAAAAGGUAAGGCGGCUCAAACUCUCGAAGAAAUCGACUGA